AUGUUGAAGGAUGGUAGCCUCGAUGCUGGGGAGAGAUAUGCAAUAGAGGACCUCAUUGUUGGUGAUGCGGUCCUACCAACUGAUGCGAAGGUUUCUUCGGAGAUUCAUUUGUUGGAACCGCUCCAGACGUCAUAUCUAUCUAUCUAUCUAUCUAUCUAUCUAUCUAUCUAUCUAUCUAUCUAUCUAUCUAUCUCAGUCUGUUCACAUCUAUCUAUCUAUCUAUCGUCUGUGCGUCAGUCUCUCUCACUUUGUUCAUAUAAUCUAUCUAUAUAUCAAUUUAACUGUUGUCAGUGUGUCGGUAGCUCUCUGAUCAUAUAUUCUAUCUAUCUAUCUAUCUAUCUAUCUAUCUAUCUAUCUAUCUAUCUAUCUAUCUAUCUGUCUGCUAUAAUUUCCCAAAAUCUAUCUAUCUAUCUAUCUAUCUAUCUAUCUAUCUAUCUAUCUAUCUUUUUUCUUCUAUUUUUUUUUUACUAA